AUGAGGGAACAGGGUUUGGAGGUGGUGCUUCCAGUCAUUCUCAAACUGAGUCCAAAGACACACCAGAUCAUCCAGAUUCUGAACACGUUCCCGAAGUUGACUGGCAAGGCGGGGAGCCAUGUUUUUAAGAAUGAGUUUGACCAUCUCAUGCUCAGUAAUCAUGCGGUUGGAUGGAGAGCUACGCCAUACACUACCAACGCCCACGGAACUCGGAACCUCUCCACCAAGAGCGAUGACGGUUCGGUGCCACCGCCAAAGGACACCAAACAUGUCACCGCCACCAGCAAUGAAACAGCCACCAAAGAGGCAGCUGCCGAGAAGAGAAGGAAGGCAGGCAUCCUGCCCAGUCUGGAGGAUUUGCUCUUCUACACCAUUGCCGGGGGCGCUGAAAAAAUCCCGGCUCACAAAUUCACCACAGCGCUGAAAGCCACAGGGCUUCGGACCGGAGACCCCCGGCUGAAGGAAUGUAUGGAGAACCUGAAAGUCAUCAUGAAGACCACGUCAGACGGAAACCUGGACCGACACCUCUUCAAGAAGUGUGUCCAGAGCAACAUCGUGCUGCUCACCCAGGCCUUCAGGAAGAAGUUUGUUAUCCCCGACUUUGUGUCCUUCGCCUCCGAAAUCGACGCGCUCUAUGAGAAUGCCAAAAACCUGGGAGGGGGACAGGUGGCUGACUACAUUCCCCAGCUGGCAAGGUUCAGCCCGGACCUCUGGGCCGUGUCCAUAUGCACUGUGGAUGGACAAAGACACACAGCGGGGGACACCAAAGUCCCGUUCUGCCUGCAGUCGUGUGUAAAGCCUCUGAAGUACGCCAUUGCCGUGCACGACCACGGGACAGAGUAUGUGCACCGUUUCAUCGGCAAAGAGCCCAGCGGCCUGCGCUUCAACAAACUGUUCCUCAACGAGGAAGAUAAACCACAUAACCCUAUGGUUAACGCCGGUGCUAUUGUGUGCACGUCCCUCCUAAAGCAAGGGGCAAGCAAUGCUGAGAAAUUUGAUUAUGUCAUGAACUUCAUGAACAAGCUGGCAGGAAACGAGUAUGUGGGUUUCAGCAAUGCCACAUUCCAGUCAGAGAGGGAGUCUGGAGAUCGUAACUUUGCUAUCGGCUACUACCUGAAGGAAAAGAAGUGCUUUCCAGAGGGGACAGACAUGACCUCCAUUUUAGACCUCUACUUCCAGCUGUGCUCCAUCGAGGUGACCUGUGAAAGCGCUAGCGUCAUGGCGGCCACCCUAGCCAAUGGCGGCUUCUGUCCAAUCACAGGCGAGCGCGUGCUGGGCCCAGAGGCGGUACGGAACACCCUGAGCCUCAUGCACUCCUGCGGCAUGUACGACUUCUCGGGACAGUUCGCUUUCCACGUUGGACUUCCAGCUAAGUCAGGUGUGGCAGGGGGCAUCCUGCUGGUGGUGCCCAACGUCAUGGGUAUCAUGUGCUGGUCCCCGCCACUGGACAAGCUGGGUAACAGUGUACGAGGAAUCCAGUUCUGCACGGAUCUGGUGUCCCUUUGCAACUUCCACAACUACGACAACCUGAAGCACUUUGUCAAGAAGCUGGAUCCUCGCAGGGAAGGCGGAGACCAGAGGGUGAAGUCGGUCAUCAAUCUUCUCUUUGCUGCGUACACUGGCGAUGUGUCUGCACUGAGGAGGUUUGCUCUGUCUUCCAUGGACAUGGAGCAGAGGGACUACGACUCCAGGACGGCCCUCCAUGUGGCUGCAGCAGAAGGGCAUGUAGAGGUGGUCAAGUUCCUGUUGGAGGCAUGCAGGGUCAACCCUGUUCCCAAAGACAGGUGGGGUAACACACCGAUGGAAGAGGCAGUGCACUUUGGACACCACGACGUUGUGACCAUGCUCCAGGACUACAACAACAAGUACAGUCCACCGGGGGGCGCCACUGAGGACAAAGAGAAGGAGAUAUCAGAGAAGAACAUUGACGGCCUACUAUGAGCCAACUAAGACUCUUAUCUAUCCAUAGAAAUAAAAUAACUAGAACGGACAUUCCCAUUGAAAUUAUAUAUACGUGAUCUGAGGCUUGGUCCUUUCCAGUCAUUCUAUUUCUAUGGCCCCUUUAACUAUCUGGAAGACUUACUGUAAGUGUGUGGUCCAUUUGUCACGUCAGUGGUAGGUCACGUAUACUGUUGAUAAUACUGUAUUGUUGAUUUUGUAUAAAAGUAUUGUAUUUCUAGCGUUUAAAAAAAAAAAAUAUUGACCUUUGACUUUUCCCCGGAUGUUUUUUGUUUUUUUUGUUUGUUUCCUUUCGCGUCGCUUUUUUAUGUCGUACUGCUCACUGCGCAACUCUCCCUCGGUGUGUGUCAGCACUAUGUGGAAUGUAUUUUCUACAUUUAAGUGCACAAAACAUUUCUCUUUAUGUACAACCUGAACGUAUGCAUAAGAUAAAUGUACACGUUGUGUAACGUGUGUAUAUCCCUGAAAUGAAUAUAAUAUCAGAGGUAGAUGGAUUCAGUGUAAAUACUAUUUAAUCUGAAGUGAAAUCAAGUGACUCACUGGCACAGCUUUUGAAGGAAAUUGGUAAAGUCCACACAGUUAGGCUUAAGUUUGACUACUUAUGAGGCAGAAUGUGUUACAUAAACUAUUCCACAUGUUCACAGAUCUAGGUAGCCUGGUUGCG